GCUCUGCAGCUGCAAGCAGGGGACAAGCACUGCCUGGUCGCCCGGUCGAUGUGUUACCUGAAACUCGGGGACACAGAAAAUUCCCUGAGAGAUGCAGAAGCCUCUCUUCAAAAUGACAAAACAUUCUCCAAGGGACUUUACCAAAAGGCUGAGACCCUGUACACCAUGGGCGACUUUGAAUUUGCACUAGUGUAUUAUCACCGAGGCCACAAACUACGUCCAGAGCUGCAGAAAUUCAGGCUAGGAAUUCAGAAAGCUCAGGAAGCGAUUGACAACUCUGUCGGAAGUCCUUCCUCAGUUAAACUGGAGAAUAAAGGGGACCUCUGCUUUUUAAGCAAGCAGGCAGAGAGCAAAAAAGUGAAGCAGAAACUUCAGGUCAAAGCCCCCAAAAAGGAUCAAAAGCAGCAGAGUAAAGUGGGGCCCAUCAGGAAUGAAAAGAUCGAACGGCAACUUCUUGGAGAGCUUUACACUGACAAGGCCUACCUGGAGAAACUCCUCAAGGAUGAAGACUUGAUGAAAAGCAGCACAAAGCACGGGAUGACAGUGGAGGACCUGAUCCUGGGCGGCAUUAACUACCUGGACACCCGCACCGAAUUCUGGCAGCAGCAGAAGCCCAUCUACGCCCGCUUGAGAGACCGCAAGCUCAUGCAGCAGAGAUGGCUCCCAGAGAGAAAGCGAAAGCCAUCGGAAGUUGCCAGAUACAUCCUGAAGAGCAUGGAAGAAAUCGAUAUGUUGCUGACCAGUAGCUGCCCUGAAGGAAGCUGUAAGAAAGCUGAGAAUGUGCUAAAAACAAUUCAAGGUUGGUCUGAGGAUGAAAUUCCCAACAAGAACGAACUGAUUGGAAACCUCUACAGCUGCAUCGGGAAUGCUCAGAUAGAGAUGGGGCAAAUGGGGAGAGCACUGCAGAGUCACAAGAUGGAUCUGGAGAUCGCCAGGGAAAAUGAUCUGCCAGAUGCCGUCUCCAGAGCCCUUGACAACAUUGGCAGGGUUUAUGCCAGAAUUGGCAAAUUCCAGCAAGCUAUUGACACAUGGGAGGAGAAGAUCCCACUGGCAAAAACCAGCCUGGAGAAGACGUGGUUAUUCCAUGAAAUUGGCCGAUGUUACCUAGAGCUCGAUGAAGCCACAGAGGCCCAGGAUUAUGGAGAAAAAUCCCUCCAGUCAGCGGAGGAGGAGGGCGAUGUUGAGUGGCAACUCAAUGCUAGUGUGCUGGUGGCACAAGCACAAGUGAAACUCCAGGACUUCCAAUCUGCAAUUAUGAACUUUGAAAAAGCUCUUGAGAAGGCCAAACUCAUUCAUAAUGAUGCAGCUCAGCAGGCCAUCAUCAUCGCCCUAGAUGAUGCGAACAAAGACUUCAUCGAAGAGUUGAGAGCAGAACAAAGGACAGAGAGACUCGAAUCUUUCAGAGAUUAUGAUUACGACGAUGAAUACAAGGAAGAAGAGGAGGCAAAGGCCCAAAACGAAAGAGAAGAAAACAAACAAAAGGAGAUAGAAAAGGAAGAGAAUGAGAGAAACGGAAGAGGAGAAAAAGAAGAAGAAAAAGAGGAGACAGAGGGAGAGAAAGGGGAAGAUUAUGCAGAGCUUCAUCAGGAUUUGCCUGAAUAAAGAGGCAGCAUCUCCCCAGGAAGCCACUCGUUAGGGUUAAAGUUCAGGAGGGGUUGCUGGCUUUGCAAACUAGUGCAUUUUAGUUAGUGUGAAAUGGCCCCUAUUUCCCCUGGACAUGGAGUCAGCCCCUGCAGAAGAGGGGCUGCCCUUGCUCUUGGCUGUCCCUUUUAAAUACUUUUUUUUUUUCAUGUUCCCAAGCCCUCCAUUCAAGGCUGUUUGGGUUGUUACAGUGGGAGGAGUUCUGUUACUCCCCCCCCCCCCACCCCCAGCCUUUCAGCCUAGAGUUCAGUGCUUGCUCAUAGAGCUCUACCCGUACACUACAGAGGCAAAGUGCACCUACUGUGCCUACAGCUUUCACCGGUAAAAAAUGCAGCAUCUUUGCCAAGGUAGCGUAUUCCAGCCCCACUGACAAACUAAGUUAUACCAGCAAAAGCACCUGCUUGCUGAUAGACCUGGGUCUUGCUGGUACAGCCAUGUCGAUCGGGGAUCCCAUUGCAUUACACCCCUGGCUGAUGGAGCUAUGCCUGGCCCAGGACUCGGUUGGGUAACAUGACAGCAGGAUCACGUGCAGCUGACUUAUUGGCGCAGGUCCUCCAGGCCACAUCCCGCGCUGACUGAUUCCCGCAGGCUGAGAGCAAGUGCUGGGGUGAGAGUGGCCUAAGUGAACUGUGUCUUUGCGUCACCGUGAAACCUCCAUACCGCCAAGGAAAUGUUAUUUUUAGGGUAUGCGACUUAUAAAUAAAUGAUGCCAACAGUGGUGGCCACAGCUUGCCGCCUUGAGGGCAUGA